AUGGGGGACCACAUAUUUCCAUUUUUUGACAACCUACGCGGUAAUGUUUCCCAAAAAGCCUUAGAGUUAUUGGUUGUCGAAUGGAAGAAGCUAAAUGCGUUGAGGGCAGGAGGGGGGACUUGUGGCCACCAGCUUUCUACGGGUUGUGGGUUUCCAUGUGCUUGUCAGAUGGAGUGGUGGGAAAAUACAGGUUGCAAAAUUCCACUUGCCGCGACAGAUAAAUUCUGGACAAAACUUGAUUUUUCGACAGAAGAACUUAAUCAAGACGAUUGUAAUAUUCAGGCGGAAAUGGAUAACCUCACACAGCAACUACAUACGCAGCCACCUCUAGUGGUAAAAAGUAUGUUGUCGAAGAUGAAAGCGGUGUUGAAUCCAAGUAUGACUGACCAUCAACUGCCUGAGGUACAACAAGAUACUAGGGGCCGCCCAACUACGAAAGUAAAACAACAAAAGAAUAAAGAUAAACAACCUAAAUCACAGAGGAACGACUAUACUCAAAAGCCAAAUGUGCGACGUCGUCGUUCAAAGAAAACCAAAGAAGAAAAAAAUACACUUCCAAUUAUAGAUAAAGACUUUCCACGGUUGGCCGGGCACAGGUACAAAAACGUGAUCGAGCGUUUUAAGGAUUGGCUUCCAUCUAGCUAUCGGAGAUACAUAACGCAUAUCGAAGAUGCCCAGCCGAACGGUAACUGUGGGUUUCGAUCCAUAGCUAUGGGUUUGGGGUAUGACCAGAAAGAGUGGAAGUGGGUCCGCCAAGAGCUACUCGACGAGAUGUUUAUUAACAGAAUGCGUUGGGGGCAUAUACUCGAAUCAUUGGACAAGGGAUGUUACGAUAAUGUGUAUCGAUCGAUAAAUUGGUUAAAUGUUGAACCUGCACCUAUAGCAUGCUGGAUGUGGUUGCCCUACACAGGGUUGUUGGUGGUUCAAAAAUUUGGGGUGAUUGUUCAACAUUUAAGCAACGGUGUUUGUCAAACUUACUUCCCGAUGUUCGAUGGACCGCAGGUUUACCCGAACCAUUCCAUUUUAACGAUUGCUUAUGUCGAAGAUAGCCAUUUCAUCAUGGUUAAGUUAGCGGAUGAUAGCCCGAUGCCAGUACCAAAUGGACUUUGGAAUAUAUACCGAAGUAUGGAAGCUAUGGAAUGGGAGACAAUGUACAUGUCUCAUAUUGCACAGGGUAGGGCGUUACUACGUAGAGGUGUAGCAUCCGUGAAACAUAGUGUAUGCAACGAACUUAUUAAUGUUUCUCUUUAUUAUAAUUUAAAUAUAUUGUAA